ACAAACAGCAAAGUAAUCUUUCCCAAGUGUCGUCGUGGAUGUUUCACCAUCGGAGUAUUUUUCUUGUGGCACGCAGCAGGUCUUGCUUUUGGAUUCUUCCAACAUGUCGAGCUCGUACCGAAGCAGGAUCCAGGAUUUCAAGGUGGCCUUGAGUGAAGAGAAGCUAGACUUAAAGGCGCUUCGGGAACUUUGCUUCAGCGGUAUCCCAUUUGAAGGAGGCAUCCGUGCACUUUGCUGGAAAGUCCUGCUCAAUUACCUGCCUCUGGACCAGAUGAUAUGGGACUCCUUCCUCAAAAAGCAGAGGGAGGUGUAUUCCCAGUUCCUAAAGGAGAUGAUCAUCCAGCCAGGCAUCAUUAAGGCCAAUCUGGGACUUUCCAGAGAGGAUGUGACGAUGGAGGACCACCCUCUCAACCCCAACCCAGACAGCAAGUGGAACAACUACUUCAGAGACAACGAGGUGCUGCUGCAGAUUGAUAAAGAUGUCCGGCGCUUGUACCCCGACAUGGCGUUCUUCCAGUGGCCCACAGACUAUCCCUGCCAGCUGAUCCUGGAUCCCCAGAACGACUACGAGACACUCAGGCGCCGCGUGGAACAGACCACCCUCAAGGCCCAGACUGUGGACCGCAACCGCAGCGGGGUCACCAAUGUGAGCUCCCCGGGCAAGGCCCUUAACCUCUACCCGUCCAACGAGUACGAGGUGCUGCCCAGCGGCUGCGAGGCCCACUGGGAGGUGGUGGAGCGCAUCCUGUUCAUCUACGCCAAGCUCAACCCGGGCAUUGCCUACGUGCAGGGCAUGAACGAGGUGGUGGGCCCCAUUUACUACACCUUUGCCAUCGACCCCAACAACGAGUGGAAAGAGCACGCCGAGGCGGACACCUUCUUCUGUUUCACCAACCUGAUGUCAGAGAACCGGGACAUGUUCAUCAAGAGCCUGGACGACUCGCAGUGCGGCAUCACCUACAAGAUGGAGAGCGUCUACUCCAUGCUCAAAGAGAAGGACAUGGACCUCUAUAUGAAAUUGCAGGAGCAGAACAUCAAGCCGCAGUACUUCACCUUCCGCUGGCUGACCCUGCUGCUGUCCCAGGAGUUCCUCCUGCCCGACGUCAUCCGCAUCUGGGACACACUCUUCUCCGACCAGGACCGCUUCGACUUCCUCAUCCUGGUCUGCUGCGCCAUGCUCGUACUGAUUCGAGAUCAGUUGCUGGCAGGAGACUUCACGGUCAACAUGAGACUGCUGCAGGACUACCCCAUCUCAGAUGUCCACACCAUCCUGGCCAAAGCCAAGGAGCUUCAAGAUGGCUCAUAGCCACCCCUCCCCCUUCUAUCUCCCUCUCCUGGUUGGGGGGGAGGCACCAAUGAAACUGGUAACCCUAGGUGACAAUGAGUCCCCAUUGCACCCUGGAAGGAAGAGGAAGCCACCUGGUGCCAGGGUGGUACACAAGGGUGGUGCACAGUUUGUCGAAGAAACCAAACUCAAUACUUAGACUUCUCGUCUCACUCUCACGGCCUGACAGUAUUUCCACUCUCUCAGAGAGGGGUGUGUGGGCUCAAGCUAUUUAUUUUUGCACUGAACACUUGAGAAAACGACAAUCUACAUGUAUGAAGCAGAGAAACCACUUACCCAUACAGCAGCGUCAUUAUAAAGUUUGUCAGUGCUAUUAUAACACUCCUAGGUUUUUUAAAUACUACAGGUUUUUUUUUCAAUUUUUUUAGUGUGGUGGGAAUUACCUUUUUUUACUUUAUAAGUGAACAUGGUUAUUUUUUAUUGUGGAGCUCAUACGAAAGACGACAUAUAAUACUGCUGUGGAAAGUCUAUCCACAACAAAAAAUGUCCAGAGCCAAAAAUGCUGCCACACAGAGCGCAUAGGAUUUAGUUUAAGAGUAUAGAUUGUUACUAGGAUCAUAUGCCUUUGGUAAUGGGCCCUUUGAAAUGUGAAGGUCCUCUCUCUGUUUGUAUAAACUGGCCAGUUUAUAGCCAGCCAGUUGUAACCUCUCUCUUGAAUCUCCAAUAUUAAUGUAUGUUUGCAAAUGUUGCUAUGAAACCAAUGGGGUGUGAAACCUGUACCUUACUCACUAACAUAUAGUGCAUUCUUAUACGUUAGCCCAAAUGCUAGUGACGCAACAGGCAGGCAGGAAGGAAACGGUAAAUUAACCCUUGAUUGUCUUAAUUUCAGCCUUAGGGGGAAAUUGAUACAGUGAUGAUUAUAAGGUCUAUUUUGAUGUAAGGGCAUUACUUUUCAAACAAAACCAUCAAAUUGAAUUGGGCAUUCAGGUUUUUAAUAAUAUAUUUUGAGUCAUAUCUUAAUAUAUUUUGAGUUAUUUCUGGUCGCAUUAAAAAAAGUGGUUCACAUGUAAAGCAUAAGUUUUAAGUGAAGCAUAACACAAUUUUUGCUCUGCAUACUGUUAGACUAUUACAGAGAACAAAUUAUUGACAAUCAUAACUAAAUAUGCAUCAUGGAUAAUUUAAUGACAUUGAAAUGCUAUGAUGAUAACAUUUCUGUACUCAGAUAAUGGAAUUGACAGAUAACAGAGUUGAUGACUGAAAAUCACUAUGAUUGAAUGUUAUAGAUUUUUUAUCUCAAAAGCGCUAACAGUUACCACAAAGUUAAUACACCAUUGAAAUGUACCUUUUCAAACUGUAGGAUCUAUAUAAUAAUGUGAUACUUCAUUAAGUACACAGAGAAUGGCUUGCUUUGUAUUGAUAAUUUAAUCAUUAUUGUGAGAAUGAUACAGCUCACAAAACAGUUACCUUUUUGCGUUUCAGUUUUAUUGGGACUCCCUAGAACUUCCAGGUAUCGCCGUCCAUGUCUGUCUACAUUCUAACACUAUUUCAGGGGCAAGAUGGUAUCCUCCAACUGACAAAUUGGAGGAUACCUUGGCAGGAAUUUGUACAAAUUGACAGUCUGUGACUAGCUAUGGUUCAAUGUAGCAUUAUUGUACUAAAGUGAGGUACUAACGGAUACUACAUUACCAAAAGUAUGUGGACACCUGGUCGUCGAACAUCUCAUUCCAAAAUCAUGGGCAUUAAUAUGGAG